UGACUAUAAACUUUAUUGUAACGCAACAAGGACUAAAAUCCUUGAAGAAUUCGAGACGGAAGUUAAGCAAAAUAUAGGAUUGCCAACAAUUUGUGUGACGUCACUCGAAUGGAGCCUCUAGUCUUCUAAAAUUACAUGAGCGCAUAAGAAAAAUGUAAUACGGCGUUUACGGUCCAUUUUCCAUCAAUUUUACAAACGAAAGUGCCUGGAAAAGUGUGUGACUCGUGUUCUAUUAAUCUAGUUUUACGAUCGACCAGUGAAGAGAAAAAUAAUUAUUUUGUUGAAUCAGUUUCUUUGGUUACCAGGACUAUUUGAUUUAUAUUGUGGUGAUGAAAAUGCAAAAACAGCGACCGCCCAGAUUCAAAUACAACUAAGGAAUCGUAAUCUGCCAGAAUGCCGGUCGUUUCGCCCACGCGUUAUACUCCCACGUCCUCCACCCUGACGGGAUCCUAUCGAUCCUCCCUAACCUCAUCCUCGAGUAUAGACAAGCCAUACUACAGAUCCAGCAGUGGGACUUACGUUACGUCGACCUUACGAAGCAGCUACGGCGAUAGAACGACAGAAUACAGAUCUAGAUACUCCGAUGUAGAUGGCAAAAGGGAAAGGAAAACUUCGCUAGUCGAAUAUUCUAGAAAUUCCCGCGCGCCAAGCGUCACAGAUUCCGAUAGUGGGAUAUCCUCUAGAUAUCGAUCGGAGAGAAGCGAAUCCAGGUCCAGAGAUGUGUCGACCACUAGAAGUGAGAGCAGUCGGACUUCGGAUCUCAAUAGGUCCAAGAGGAAUGUCCUGUCCUCGACGGCUCUUGCUAUGUCCGCAGCGGAGUUGUACAACAAAUAUUCGCCAGCGAAUUACGUGCCUCUAACGCAGAGAAUUCAGCAGAGUAGAGAACAGAAUAGCUAUGGAGAGAUAUCCAGGUCGAAGUCGAUCUCCAAUGAUAUUGGCAGGCCGCCUGCGCCCGAGUUGAGAAACAGGAAGCCGAGGAACUCAGCGGCGACGAUUUCAGAGAGACCUGAAGGCAGAAGGUACAAGGACUCGUCGCCGACGCCGAGUUACAGCAAAAGGAACUCUAUGUCUAACGGCGUUAAGGACUCGAAUGGCAAUGAAGUGCCGUCCGUCUCUGAAAUUAGAAAGAGAUUCGACAAAAUGACAGUCACUAAACUGCCGGCUAACGAAUCUAAAUACCCCUCCAAAACGGUGGAACAAUAUUUGAGUCAGCUUAAAGAAUGUGAGAAUGGGACGUCUGGAUAUACGAAAAUCAAUCCGAAAGAUGACCAACCCGUACCUAUACAUAUGCCAAGUGAAAAGAAUGGUUUGAACGGCAGAUGGGAAGUUUCCCCAAGCAAAAUAACAUCCGAUACGACUCUUAGUAAAACUAUAUCUGAACCGGUGUCGCUAGCCAAACCGGCAGUGGAAAAAACGGCCAUGUCAACGUCUCUAAACAGCAAACUACAGUCAGACAAGCUAGCCAGUAUUAAAAGCCAGCUAGACCCUAACAAUCCAAUAGGAAAAAUCCUAGAAAUGUCCACCGUAAUUCAAGUUGAAAACGGGGACACAGAUUACGCGGAACGUAAGAAACUACGCAACAGCCCAGAGGUUAAGCUUAAAGAGCUAAAGAACGAUAUAGAAAAACAAGUGAAGACGCCAAAACACACGUCAAAUUUCGCUUCCUACAUACAAAUAUCCCAACCAGUCGCUACAGGUACUUCGCCUAAAGCCGAAAAGAAAACUAAAGUGAACCUCAAAUACAUUGAUUCAGAGGAUCGUAUUACACUAGAGAAUGAUAUAGAAUCACCGAACGGUACUGGGUUCGAAAACAAAACGUUUGAACAUGAGAAUUUCCUGAAAAAACGUACGGAAAAGAUAGAAGACGAUGGGGUUAAAUCUAUGGAAACGAGUACUGAGAGUACAAUAAGUGAGCCGACGGAAGAUUCGAGUCCCGAGACGUCGGCUCGACUGCGCAUCUUGGAUAAAGACGAUGAUUUGAGAACGGAGUUGGCCGGCGGUAAGAGCGGGCCGAGUGGUCUGCGCAGGAGCAGCGAGAGAUCGGAUAUAGCUGAACAUACGGACAAACAUUCUACUACAAGUGGUCUAAACGGCCUCCGCAACAUCGGCAACACAUGUUUCAUGAACAGUGUCCUACAAUGCCUCAGCAAUACUGGGCCGUUGCUCGAAUACGUCUCUGAUGACAAGUACAUGAACGAUAUCAACACCACGCUCAGUUGUAUGAAGGGGGCGCUUAUAAAAGCAUUCGCGAGCGUAAUCAAAGAACUAUGGCGCAGUGGUGAGCGUGACUCGGUAGUGAAUACGACGUCCCUAAAGUCCCAGGUUCAACGGUUCGCGCCCAGGUUUAUGGGAUAUAGCCAGCAGGAUGCGCAGGAAUUCCUCCGUUAUCUGUUGGAAGGUUUGCACGAGGACGUGAACCGCGUAACGGUUAAACCGAAACCGAUACUGUCCGAAAUUGAUGAUAGUCUCAGUGACUCAGCGAAAGCGGCCGAAGCUUGGUCCCGAUACUUACGCAUGGAGGACAGUCGAGUGGGCGACAUUUUUGUUGGCCAAUUGAAGUCGACGCUACGUUGUACGCAUUGUAACCAUGAUAGUGUCACGUUUGAUCCGUUUUGGGACCUCAGUCUACCGAUACCCUCACGCACGGGCAAUCUGAAAAUACAGCAAUGCCUGCAGCAUUUCGUAAGAGAAGAAGAGUUGGAUGGAGAUGAGAAACCGACAUGUUCAAAAUGCGGUGUGCGCAGAAAGUGCUUAAAAUGGUUCACCGUGCAAAAGUUUCCCAGAGUCCUCGUGCUGCAUCUCAAACGUUUCUCGCCAACGGAGCGUUUCCGCGGCAAACUGAGCGUAGUAGUCGAGUUUCCUCUCACCGGCCUCGAUAUGUCGCCGUUUGCGGCUAAUAAGAACACUUCCGCGGUAUACAAUCUGUAUGCGGUCAGCAAUCACUCUGGUACAACAUACUCUGGCCAUUACACGGCGUACUGCAAACAUCCGUACAUUGGCGAUUGGCAUGAAUACAACGAUUCGAGAGUGUCACCAAUAAAUCCAAGAGACGUGGUAUCAUCGGAAGCGUACGUUCUUUUCUACGAGCUGGCCGCUAAUUCGUAGCGAUUGUAAUGUAGCGACGCAACAACGCCGGCAGUAGCACUGUGCCCGCCGGUCUGCCGUUUGGUAUAAACAGAUAGACAUACAGACGAACACACGAUAUGUACAACGCCACGACUUGCGCGAGUGACUAGCUCGAGUUGAGUGACGUCAUCAUUGUAGUAGAAAGUUAUUUGGACCGUUUGCAAUUAUUUAUUUUUUGUGUUGUCAAAGAAAAACCCGCAUAGUUCCCGUUCCCGUGGGAUUUCCGGGAUAAAACCUAUCCUAUGUCUUUCCUCAGGUCUCAAGCUAUCUAUGUACCAAAUUUGAAGUAAAUCCGGACAUACAUACAGACAAACAAACAUUCUAAAAACUGUUAUUUGGCUUCGAUAUCUAUUGUAGAUCACGCCCCAAGUAUUCUUUUAAAAAAAUAUUCAAUGUACAGUUUUGACUUUCCUACGAUUUUAUUAUAUGUGUUAAUAGAUCUAUAUAUAUAUGUAUAUAAAAAUG